UGAUAGCAAAAAAUAUGAAGCUGCAAAAACCGACAGCAUCUAUCAGUGGUAUCUCGGAUGUAAAGUGAGGAUGCUGGCGCGUCUGCCCACACUAUGGUGUAUUGUGUUUUUACAAAUAUUUACUACUGCUUGCGGUGACAGUUCGUCAUACUGCACCAAAACUGUUCAGGCUACACGUAUCAAAUGGAUGACUUUCGUGGAGACAUACGGCAAAUAUGAAAAAGAAAAAUUUCCUAAAUGUAUCUUCAAUUGUGAAUAUAAAUAUGUGGUGUAUACUAAAAUAAGUGGAGGGUAUAGAACAGUAACUUACAUCGAUUGGAAAUAUACAUGUUGUCCUGGAUACACAUCUGUGGAAAAAUAUUCAGGACUCCAAUGUGAACCAAUAUGUUCAAGACCCUGCAAAAAUGCGACGUGUGAGGCACCAGAAACCUGUAAGUGCAAUAACGGAUAUGUUAAGUUUGACGAAUACAGCUGCAAGCCUCACUGCUCCAGUGGCUGCCCACACGGCACCUGUGUUGCACCUGAAACGUGUACAUGUGAUUCAGGCUGGCAAUUAGUUCAACCAAAAGAUAAUACAACGAAAAUAUGCCAAGCGAUUUGUCCCAAACCUUGCAUAAAUGGAUCAUGUGUGGCACCAGACACCUGUCAGUGUACAAACGGAUACAUAAAGUCUGACAAAUACAGCUGUAAGCCAGUCUGCUCUACUGGAUGUCCCAAUGGUGUUUGUGUCGGCCCAGAAACUUGCGCCUGUAACUCGGGGUGGCAAUUGGUUCCACUGAAAGGCACCAAUAAAACGAUUUGCGAACCGGUUUGUUCUAAACCGUGCGUUAAUGGCACAUGUGCGGCACCAGAAACUUGUCACUGUGCAAAAGGGUAUGUAAAAUCUGAUCAGUAUAACUGCAAGCCAUUCUGCUCUACUGGAUGUCCCAAUGGUGUUUGUGUCGGUCCAGAAAGUUGCGUCUGUAAUUCGGGGUGGCAAUUGAUUCAACCAAAAGGUAUUGCUACAAAGAUAUGUCAACCAAUUUGCUCAAAACCCUGUAUUAACAGUACUUGUGUGGGUCCAGAAGCCUGCAUAUGUACAAGUGGAUAUGUUAGGAGUGACAUGUACAGCUGCAAGCCUUUCUGCUCCAGUGGCUGCCCACACGGCACCUGUAUCGGCCCUGAGACUUGUAUAUGUAAUAACGGAUGGGAAAUGAUUCAAACUCAAGGAUCCACCAACAAAACCUGCCAGCCUGUCUGCUCAAAGCCUUGCGUAAAUGGAAUAUGUGUAGCUCCCGAGACCUGUAAAUGUACAAAUGGGUAUACCAAAUCUGGAAAUUAUAGCUGCGAACCUUUUUGUUCAAACGGAUGUCCGCAUGGAGUGUGUGUAGCGCCUGAAACGUGUGAUUGUCAUCCGGGAUGGCAUAUAUCUAAUGACAAUAAAACAUGUCUGCCAGUUUGUUCAAAGCCUUGUGUGAACGGCACAUGUAUUGCGCCGAAUACAUGCAAGUGUUUGUUGGGUUAUAGAGUUUCCGGUAAAUUCACGUGUAAGCCUCACUGUAGCGAUGGAUGUCCAAAUGGAACAUGUGUGGGUCCUGAAAAGUGUGACUGUAAUGCAGGAUGGCAAUUAACUAGAUUGAAUAACUCAAAGAUUAGUUCAUGUCAACCCAAAUGUUCCAAGCCCUGUGUUAAUGGCACAUGUGCGGCACCAGAAACUUGUCACUGUGCAAAAGGAUAUGUAAAAUCUGAUCAGUAUAACUGCAAGCCAUUCUGCUCUACUGGAUGUCCCAAUGGUGUUUGUGUCGGCCCAGAAACUUGCGUCUGUAACUCGGGGUGGCAAUUGGUUCCACAGAAAGGCACCACUAAAACGAUUUGCGAACCGAUUUGUUCUAAACCCUGUGUUAAUGGCACAUGUGCGGCACCAGAAACUUGUCACUGUGCAAAAGGAUAUGUAAAAUCUGAUCAGUAUAACUGCAAGCCAUUCUGCUCUACUGGAUGUCCCAAUGGUGUUUGUGUCGGUCCAGAAACAUGCGUCUGUAACUCGGGGUGGCAAUUGGUUCAACCAAAGGGUAUUGCUACAAAGAUAUGUCAACCAAUUUGCUCAAAACCCUGUGUUAACAGUACUUGUGUGGGGCCAGAAGCCUGCACAUGUACAAGUGGAUAUGUUAGGACUGACAUGUACAGCUGCAAGCCUUUCUGCUCCAGUGGCUGCCCACACGGCACCUGUAUCGGCCCUGAGACUUGUAUAUGUAAUAAUGGAUGGGAAAUGAUUCAAUCACAAGGGUCCACCAACAAAACCUGCCAGCCUGUCUGCUCAAAGCCUUGCGUAAAUGGAAUAUGUGUAGCUCCCGAGACCUGUAAAUGUACAAAUGGGUAUACCAAAUCUGGAAAUUAUAGCUGCGAACCUUUUUGCUCAAAUGGAUGUCUGCAUGGAAUUUGUGCAGCGCCUGAAAUUUGUAAUUGCCGUCCAGGAUGGCAUAUAUCUAAUGACAAUAAAACUUGUCUCCCAGUGUGUUCAAAGCCUUGUGUAAACGGCACAUGUAUUGCGCCGAAUACAUGCAAGUGUUUGUUGGGUUAUAGAGUUUCCGGUAAAUUCACGUGUAAGCCUCACUGUAGCGAUGGAUGUCCAAAUGGAACAUGUGUGGGUCCUGAAAAGUGUGACUGUAAUGUUGGAUGGCAAUUAACUAGAUUGAAUAAUUCAACAAUUGGCUCAUGUCAACCCAAAUGUUCUAAACCCUGUGUUAAUGGCACAUGUGUGGCACCAGAAACUUGUCACUGUGCAAAAGGAUAUGUAAAAUCUGAUCAGUAUAACUGCAAGCCAUUCUGCUCUACUGGAUGUCCCAAUGGUGUUUGUGUCGGUCCAGAAACUUGCGCCUGUAACUCUGGAUGGCAAUUGAUUCCACUGAAAGAUACCACUAAUAUUAUUUGCGAACCGAUUUGUUCCAAACCAUGCGUUAAUAGCACAUGUAAAGCACCAGAAACGUGUCAGUGUGCAUCCGGAUUUAUAAAAUCUGAUCAGUAUAGCUGCAAGCCUUUCUGCUCCAGUGGGUGUCCACACGGCACCUGUAUCGGCCCUGAGACUUGUAUAUGUAAUAAUGGAUGGGAAAUGAUUCAAUCACAAGGGUCCACCAACAAAACCUGCCAGCCUGUCUGCUCAAAGCCUUGCGUAAAUGGAAUAUGUGUAGCUCCCGAGACCUGUAAAUGUACAAAUGGGUAUACCAAAUCUGGAAAUUAUAGCUGCGAACCUUUUUGCUCAAAUGGAUGUCUGCAUGGAAUUUGUGCAGCGCCUGAAAUUUGUAAUUGCCGUCCAGGAUGGCAUAUAUCUAAUGACAAUAAAACUUGUCUCCCAGUGUGUUCAAAGCCUUGUGUAAACGGCACAUGUAUUGCGCCGAAUACAUGCAAGUGUUUGUUGGGUUAUAGAGUUUCCGGUAAAUUCACGUGUAAGCCUCACUGUAGCGAUGGAUGUCCAAAUGGAGCAUGUGUGGGUCCUGAAAAGUGUGACUGUAAAGCAGGAUGGCAAUUAACCAGAUUGAAUAACUCAAAGAUUAGUUCAUGUCAACCCAAAUGUACCAAGCCUUGUAUAAAUGGCACGUGUGUCGCUCCAGAGACUUGUAAAUGUCUUGCCGGUUACGUGAAGUCUGGCGAGAAUGUAUGUAUGCCCCAUUGCCGUGAUGGAUGUCCUCAUGGCAUUUGUGUCAGUCCAGAGACGUGUAUCUGUAAUCCUGGCUGGAAGGUGACACAGACCAACACCACACUGAAUAAAACUUGUGAGCCGGAGUGCAGUCCACCUUGUGUCAAUGGUUCGUGUACAGCUCCCGGAAGGUGCGAAUGUUAUUUCGGCCAUGAGAAAACUGAAAAGAAUGUUUGUCGACCGCGCUGCUCCAAUGGGUGCAAGAACGGUGUGUGUGCCGGCCCGGACACUUGUGUCUGCGGUGCUGGAUGGGAAGCGAGUAAUGGCACGUGUCAGCCGGUGUGUAGUCAGCCCUGCGUGCACGGCGCAUGCGUCGGUCCUGACACCUGCGCGUGCCUCGCUGGGUAUGAAGCAGGAGACAACAAUACUUGCGUGCCACGCUGUGCUGCCGGCUGUUCUCACGGAGUAUGUGUGAGUCCUGACAACUGUAUUUGUGACCCGGGAUGGCGCAGAAGUACUGUCAAUGGCUCGUGUGAGGUGGAGACUAUUAGUCUUAAUAACGGAAUGACGGAAAAAAAUUGGAUUCAAACGUACUGGGUGUAUGUUGCGGCUGUUGGAGCCAGCAGUUUGCUGCUGCUAACUUGUUGUAUAUUCAUAAUAUUAUGUUCGAAAAGGAAGCGAGCUUCUGAGAAUGAUGGAGCUACUGUCGUUUCGGUUCAAGAAUUUGUUCACAAAAAUUUCAAUCCCCACAAGACGAAACAAAGUUAUGACGUAAACUGCAAGAGUUCAGAACUUUAUUCGCAAGAGUGGUAUAGGUACCUCACACGCAUUUAUUUUAGCCCUGCUUUUCCUCCCUUGUUUGUCAUGUUAUUGAAAAUGACAUUAAACCUUGAUGUUAUCAAAAUCCUAAUUUGGUAUAUUAUUGUGCUACAAAUAACACAAGUUUUGGGUCAAAUUUGUGUAGAAACUAAACUGAGUUACCGUGACGUUCCUGAAACUUACACAUACACCUACAUGGAGGCUUACGAGAAGUCAGACUGUCUGUUCUGGUGUACCGACACUAGAGUGGCUACUGCAGUGGGCACGAGAAUUGUGCGGAAACUAAUGCCCGAACAAGUUCACGUGUGCUGCGAAGGAUACAUACGAAAGGAUGAUAAUAACGAGACCAGUAUUAACUGUGAGCCAUAUUGUUCACCUCCUUGCGUUAAUGGCUACUGCAAAUCUCCAGGAGUGUGUGCCUGCAACGCUGGCUACUUGCCCGACAUGUUCGCCAGUCACAACUGUUCCCCACUGUGCAUCAAACCAUGUGACCAUGGAAUGUGCGUCGCUCCCAACACGUGUGAGUGCGACGAAGGCUACAACCUAGCCAAUGAAGUAUGUGAACCAAUUUGCUCCAACUAUACAGAAACUGGCGACUGUAUCAACUCAGUUAUUUGUGAACCUGGAUGGAGUAAAGUAAUGAGGAAUUCAAUUGAAAUAUGUGAACCAACAUGCACAAGCCCGUGUAACAAUGGGACUUGUGUAGCACCCGACAUAUGUGAAUGUUUCGAAGGUUACGAGAAAACAGGUGAUGAUAACUGUAUGCCGCAUUGCUCUUGGUGUGUGCAUGGCACCUGUAUUGGUCCUCAAUUAUGCCUUUGUGAUCCUGGAUGGUAUAAAAAGGAGUGGAAUGGCAAUUGCCUUCCGCACUGCGACUACAAAUGCGGUAAUGGCACAUGUGUAGCUCCAAAUACUUGCGAAUGUUUACCAGGAUAUAAAGUUGAUGAAAAAGCCACUAAACUUGGUGAAGAUAGUGCAUUGUGUGCUCCUGAAUGUAAACAUUGUGAUGGUACGUGUGCUGCUCCUGGUACAUGCGUGUGUGAACCGCCUGAACAUGAGGUACUGGUUACCAUUGAUGGACAGCCAUGUGACUGUGUAGACAACUGUUCUGAUACAGCUCAUACAUGUGAGAGAACAAUUUGUCUGCUAACUACUACAGUGUCAAGUGUGACUAAGACUAGUGCAGACCAAACUUCAGAAACUAAAGUUACUGAUAUUUACACGAGUACAUUAAGAUCAACUGAUAUUGAAAUUGCUGAGGUGACUACAGAUGGAUAUACGGAUACGGAUUGGGAACAAAAUCAAUUAAUGAUUAGUGAGACACCAUGGUACAACUCUAGCUGGUUCUACGUGGCUGGGUCUCUUACUGUAAUGGCGUUAGUCGUGACGAUAGCCGCCAUUUUGAAAAGGCGAUAUUUAAAGUCAAUUACGAGAAUAUUUAAUACACAGAAUUCAGAUGUGACUACAGCCGUGCAUUAUAAACAAAACAUCAGUUGAUACAAUUUAUUUAUCCUAUACGUUGUUAUUUUAUGCUGAAUUUAUCUAAAGGUGUACAAUAAAGGUUAUUAUUAUAUUUGUUCCUUACAUAAUCACGGGACCACAGGGUCCCGGACCUUUGGAAGGCGUACGAAGGGCCGAAGCCAACUCGCAGAGGCCCGUUGAACAAUUUUAAUCUAAAUGUAAUGGGACAUCAGCCGGCGAUUAUCCCUGUAUGCACUAUGGAAGUACACCAAAGGACAAUCCCCGGUUGAUGCAGGACUAUUGUGAGAUAUGGUAAAAGGAAAUGAUAGGGAUAUGGGUGUGGGUGGCUGUGGAAUAGUUAACCGGUUAACUAUGGGGACUAUGGCCCCUGCCCCUGACCAAUAUUGAAAAAUACGGAUAAACAGGCAGGGGGUGACUCGCAAACUCAAUAGUGGGCCCCGGAAACGGCCGCUAGCAUGUAGCGACAAGGGAAGCAACAUCCGUUGAGCUGCUUGAGGAAGGGGAGGCAUCCCACGGCUAUCAGAGCAAUCCCGGAAGUACGGUCAAGACCCCUACCAGCAUCUUACUGGGAUACGUCCUUCCCCCAAGUGGAGCUGAAGGCAACUCCACUCUUGCGAAUCUCCACUCAAACCAGCCGAUUAAGGCAAGAGUGAGGUAGGAGAGGCCACUCCGGAUAGUCACGAGUACUAACCGGAGUUAAAAAGUAGGGCCUCUCCCGGGAGUCAGGUCCGUGGGGUCGCCACUGCCCAACAGCUCGCCACAAGCUGCCUUGCGGACUUAUUAUUAUUAUUAUUAUGUUUGUUCUUCACAUAAUCACGGGACCACAGGGUCCCGGACCUUUGGAAGGCGUACGAGGGGCCGAAGCCAACUCGCAGAGGCCCGUUGAACAAUUUUAAUCUAAAUGUAAUGGGACAUCAGCCGGCGAUUAUCCCUGUAUGCACUAUGGAAGUACACCAAAGGACAAUCCCCGGUUGAUGCAGGACUAUUGCGAGAUAUGGUAAAAGGAAAUGAUAGGGAUAUGGGUGUGGGUGGCUGUGGAAUAGUUAACCGGUUAACUAUGGGGACUAUGGCCCCUGCCCCUGACCAAUAUUGAAAAAUACGGAUAAACAGGCAGGGGGUGACUCGCAAACUCAAUAGUGGGCCCCGGAAACGGCCGCUAGCAUGUAGCGACAAGGGAAGCAACAUCCGUUGAGCUGCUUGAGGAAGGGGAGGCAUCCCACGGCUAUCAGAGCAAUCCCGGAAGUACGGUCAAGACCCCUACCAGCAUCUUACUGGGAUACGUCCUUCCCCCAAGUGGAGCUGAAGGCAACU